GGAAGGGUUACUUCCAUACCGAGGUAGUUUCAAUCUGUCUUACAAACUUGCCCAGCAGAUAAAAUGAAGAGACUGAUCCUUGACGUGGACACUGGGGUGGAUGAUGCUCAGGCCAUCAUGAUGGCCCUGGCAGCCCCCGAUGUGGAAUUAAUGGCUAUCACCUGCACCCACGGCAAUACUCCCCUAGAGAACGCACUGAAGAACACCCUACGUGUCUUGAAAAUGUGCAACAGGCUAGAUAUAAAGGUCUACCCUGGCUUUGAGGAGCCCUUACUGCCAGGCAACAAAAUACACGCGGGUGACUUUCACGGGAAGGACGGACUGGGGGACGCCCCAGAUCCUGAUGCUCCAGGUCUGGAACUGGUACAGAAGACAAACGCUGUGGAUGCCAUAAUUUCCAUUACCAAUCAAAAUCCUGGAGAGGUGAUCCUAGUCUCAACAGGACCUCUCACCACCCCGGCCCUUGCCGUCAAAAUGGAUCCUUCCUUGCCUGCCCGAUUGAAGGGCCUCUACAUCAUGGGAGGCAACAUAGAAUCAAGAGGGAACACAACUGCGUGUGGAGAAUUUAACUUUCUGGCUGAUCCUGAGGCCGCCUACAUUGUGUUAGAACGCUAUACGUGUCCCACUACCAUCGCCUCCUGGGAGUUCAGCUGCAGGAACAGCUUACCAUGGACCUUCUGUGACACCUGGCUAGCUCAAAAUACACCGAAGGCUCGUUUUAUGGAGACCAUCUAUGCCCACACGCGUAAGAUGGUUCAAACAGAUCGGUAUCAAAAGGAACUAGUGUCAGGACCUGGGUUCAACACAUGCGACACCUACGCUGUUGCUGCAGCCAUUGCGGACAAUUUGGUGACGGAAAGUGAGAAGGUGGCCGUGACAGUGGAGUUAGAGGGAAAACACACCAGAGGCAUGAUGGUCCUGGACUACAUUGAUGUGUUGCACAAGGAGCAUAAGGUCACCAUCUUGAAGAAAGUGGACCUUGAGGUGUUCAAGCAACUUUUGAUGAAUGCACUGAAGUAGAAAAGGCCAUCAUUUUAGAAUUUUGGAAGAUGUCUACAUUUCUGGCUAUAUUUCUGGGGGGUGGGUGGGAGUUAGCAUGCCUCCCAUAACUUCUGUAUUGAUAUUGGUUUCCAUUUCAAUUGUGUUAGACCUUUGUAUGGAAAAUUGGCUUCCCCUUGUUGAGCUGCCCCCUGAAUACUUGGCGAUUCAGAUCUCAAGCUAAUAAAAACACUUUUGGACACAUGUCCCAAAAAUUGCCUUCAGUAACAUAAGCAUCACCUCAGUUAUUCCCCAAAUCUGCAGCUUUAUUGCAAUUUUUAGCUUGUUCCGUUAGAGGUCGCGUUUGGGACCUAUAGCUGAAAAAUUUUUUACUCACCUUUACUAUGUUUCUAUGUUCAAUGAAGCAAUCAAUCUAUUAAUCAUUCAAUAAAUAAGUAGAUCCCAUUCCAUGAGGGAAUUACAUUAGUCAUAAUAAAGUUUUUAAGGCCUUGUCAUGUGACUCAGUUUGUUAUAAUGAGUGGAAUGGAAGAAAUAAA